UCCCGCUUGAUGGAGUCCUGUCGAGACUGUGCAAGAGGAGUUUGUGGCUUGGAGAGUUGAGGCGUGAGCACAUGGUUACCAGAUACCGCCAAGGAUGGUUCAUGCAGGGAUCGGCGCAUUAGCGAGGCUGCAUCAUAGGGAACUAGAUAGACGAUCGCGUUCGGUCAGAUGAACAUGGUCUCGGUCGCAAACUUGGAAUCACUUGAAUCAAAGCGAUAGCAACAUGGCGGCAAGAGGCCGUGUUGACAUGACGGACGUGGCGUCUAGAACACAAGACGCAAGCGACUACGCGGACCUGCUACAAACAAAUCACAGCGACGCGUUCGCGUUUUCCGAGGCGGAGAAGCUAGCCCUACAGCUCUACGAUCAGCUCAAGGAACUUGAGUUGCAGCACAGUCUUAUUGAAGCACAACAAUCAGACGCACAUGACGCUUCAGCAACCCCAGAUGACCUGCUGGAGGGGCGCCUGACUGUAGCGCAGCGCGAAGCUAUGGACGCGAGGGCAGAGUACGAGAUAAGGAACAAAAUCACACACAACGUGCUAGUAAUGGAUCCUGUCCUGAAAGCCGUUUAUGAGGGCGAGCAGACUGGGUUUGCAGAGAAACGCAUACUGCCGCUGGUCACCGAGAAUGAUACUGUUUUCAUGAUGCAUGGUGCUCUGACGUCGAGGCUUGCUCACACAACUCGGUCGCAGAGCACAGCCGAACACAGCAACAUGACGGAAAACCAAAGACAUGAAGAACUCGCAGAAACGAUGCUUGCUCUAGCUGAAGAGAUGAAGACGCAGUCGGUGCAUGACAUUGAAGACGCACAAUUACGCCAACGAGUCGAUGCAGUCGACAAGGAGCUCAAGGACUCAAGGCGAAGGGCGAAGACGCUGAAGGGUAUAUUGUCGGCCAUGAUAGUAGGCAGCGGGAUCAAUUGGGCUGCAGACGAGGGCCUGACCGAGCUCGUCCUGGAGGAUGAAGACGAUUGAGUGACAAUGACAGGGCCACUCGUGGCUACAGCUCUUGAUAACAUUGGGAAGUGUGGGAGAAGCUACUGUGGUAGGUAGCGAUGUUUGUUGAUGAUGAACGUCAUGGCUGUUGCCAGGGCGAUGGAUCUACAUGGAAGCACACGGAAACUUUCAGAGCAAGCUGAGUGCCUAGCAUUUCUAGGUGAAUGAAGUCGACUUUUUGACCGUCGGACGUGAGCAGUGGUCGAGUUACGUCUUGGGUGAACCUAGUGACGGCUUCCGAGCUCGGUCCGGGCGCUGUGAAUAGCCAGACCG